UGCCCCUAAUUCUGGUCUUUCCAACCACAUUACGUGAACCGUGGGGUCAAAGGUCGGGACCUCUACCCGCCCGCUGUUCUCCGACAGAAAAGGCUCGAAGCACAGGAUAUGCUGGUCUGGAGCGCAGUGACCCUGGUGCUGCUGGCAUGUCUGCAGGCAGCUCAGUGUCGACAGUACACGCUCAACGUCCCGCGCGUCCUCCUACCCAUUGUCCCGGCCAGCGGAGUGAAGGCGAACUUUACGCUCAAAUCUCAAGCUGGCUGCUUCACGUGGAAGAGUAUAAAGCCAGACGUGGCAUCAGUGCAGCCUCUGUAUCCUAAUGAAGACAAGCAAGGUGUGACUGUAGGUGAGGGAGGAGGAGGAGGAGGAGGAAGUGGGGGCGGCAGGUGUUCCAGAGAGGCUCUCCUCACUCCACAGUCCUCUGAGAAGACUAGACUCAGUACUGUCAUCAUCGCUGAGGAACAGACCACAGGCCAGACUCUGCGCUGCGAUGUCUUUGUGGACACUGUCCACCGAAUAGAGAUCACCACUCGAACGAGGGAACUGCUGUUGGAGGAGGAGCCCGAGAGGUUUGAGAUCCUCGGAUUUGACAACGAAGGAAACACUUUCAGUACACUGAGAGGGCACCGAUUUGAUUGGCUGUUGCUAAGAGACGAGGAAGCCACACACCAGACCUCGGAGCCCGAGGCAAUCCUUCAUUUUGUGAGAUUCGACGACUCGUCAUACGAGACAGACCCUAUCAUUGGUGCUCUGGAGGCCAGAGGUUACUAUGGAGACACGGUUCUGGUGGAGGGAGUCAGUACGGGCACUGCCAAAGUCAGCGUACGGUUCGUGGACCGAGUCUGGAAGGACUCGGUGGCUCCAGCUACGGUGAAGCUGCUGGUGAUUGAGAACAUAAUGCUGCAGCCGGCCAUGGACGUGUACAUCCUCCCAUACUGCAUCGUUCACUAUACCGUGGAGAGGAAGAAACAAGGAAAGACGGAGGUUGUGGUGAUGCCCUCUGACCAGUAUUCCCUGGAACUGACAAACACGACCGUAGCCUCUCUGGACACGCCCUCCUCCAAUGUUACUGGACUAGUGGUGGGAGACACUGAAGUGGUCCUACAGGAUAAGAAUAUGUUGCACACUCCGUCAGCGACCAAACCAAGUGCUGGUGUACAUGUUGUUCCUCCUCAUCACCUAGGCUACACCAUCUCCCCUGACAACAUAUGGGUUCUGGAGGUGGGCCGGCAGUACCAGAUCACAGUUCACGUGUUUGACAAGUUUAACCAUCCCAUUCUAGUCACCCAGAAUGUGGUGAUGAAGACCGUCCUCCCGACGUCACACCUCGACCCCCUCUCCUCUUCACAAAACGGGUCGUACCACUUUGUUACCGCGGAGAACGUCGGCAAGGCAACCAUACAUGCCACACUCAACGCAGUCAAAUAGAUAUCCAGAUGGUCACUCCACAAGCUUUCUUGACGGCAAACUGGUCUCCAGGAACAGUCGUUGGAGAUCUACGAACCAAU